AUGGCGGACGUCGAUACACGUCCUGCAAUCCAUGCCCCCAACAUCAGACCUAUCAUCAGUGAAAAUCUUCGAACCGCUAGCACGAGACCACGCAUUGCUUUUGAUCCUGAGAAGCAUUUGGUAUAUCGCGAAGAUCCCCCAGUUUUGACGCUCAGAGACAUCGGGGUUUCAGAAAAUGUGGGCAUCUCGCCAGUUGCCAUUUCAGACCCCUUUCCUCUUUUUAGCGAAGAAGCAAUAACCCAUAUGAGGAAUGAGAUUUUCACAAAUGAAGUUUGGGACAACUGUUUGUACAGCACCGAUUUCGCAGGUUGCCAGCUCAGGGGCCACUGUCCGAAGUAUGCCCCGUUCAUGUACGAUGCCUGGAAGAACCCCAAAACGCUUGCCAUUGUGUCGAAAAUUGCCGGCGUUGACUUAGUGCCCGUGAUCGAUAUCGAGAUUGGAAAUAUCAACAUCUCUGUUCAGGAUCCCCUCAAGAACUACCAGAAGCAAGAGAAACAAUCGGACGAUGAUGUCCCAGUCACCAAGUGGCAUGUGGACAGUUAUCCAUUUGUGUGUGUAGUAAUGAUGAGUGACGCUUCCCAGAUGGUUGGGGGAGAAACUGCGAUCCAAACCGGCUCCGGAGAUCUCAUCAAAGUCCGUGGACCACAGAUGGGUAGUGGUGUCGUCCUUCAAGGGAGGCACAUCACACAUCAGGCAUUAGCCGCAGUUGGUGGAACUGAGCGUAUCACCAUGGUGACCGCAUUUCGCCCUAGGGACCCUCUCAUUCCGGACUCUUCAGUUCUCACUACCAUCAGGCCCAUCACAAAUCUGUCAGACCUGUACUUCCAGUGGACAGAAUACAGAGUGGAGGUUUUGCAAGAACGUCUGCGACUGAUGCUCGAGUUUCUGCGAGAGCAGCAUCAUGCCCACAAACCCACAGAUGCAACGAAGAUCAAAGAGUUUCUCCAGCAGCAGGCGGACUGGCUUUCCAUCACGAACAAAGAAAUUGUUCACAAUUGA